UUUUUUUUCUGUGUGGUUUUCAUUCGGUUCAUGUGAUUUAUUGUGAGACUGUUCCUGGAUUUGUUCACUCAGAGUUUUAAAUGAGGACGAUCUGCAGCUCAAACAUGAAGCUCUCUGCUGCUUUAAUCCUGCUGCUCCACAGCCUCGGCACCGUCGCACAAUUCGUUCAUGAUAUCACCUACGUUAUCGGCUGCUUUGAGAACACCACAACUACAGUAGAGUAUGAAUUCGACGGCGAGGAGAUUUUGCACAUAGACGACGACAGACAGGAGGUCGUGUACACUGUUCCAGCGUACCUUAUGCCGGACCCCGCUCACAUAUUUGGAGAUUUGCACAUAUACAGAAAUGCUCUGAAAGCCAAGAGGGCGUGCGUGGGGGUUGUAGCAUACUGCAAGGUGGAAGGCAUCGAUCCAGAAGAAGUUAAAGACCCUCCUGAGAGCUUCAUCUACCCUGAGGAUGAAGUCGUUCUGGGACUCGAGAACAGCCUCAUCUGCUUUGUGAACCAUUUCUUCCCUCCGUCCAUCAACGUCAGCUGGACCAAAAACGGCCUUCCGGUGUCAGAAGGCCUGUCUUUCAGUCAAUAUUAUCCCAACAAUGACCAAACCUUCCACCGGUUCUCGACGCUGAUGUUCACGCCGAGCAAAGGCGAUGUUUACAGCUGCACGGUGGAGCACUCAGCACUGGAGACGUCCAAAACAAGAAUCUGGGAUGUUGAAUUCCCCAAAAGUCAUCAAAGUCUCAUAGCAGAUGUUUACUGUGGAGUCGGACUGUGUCUGGGCUUGUUGGGAGUCGCAGUUGGAACAUUUUUAAUUGUUAAAGGACUACACCAUUAAUUUAAUCACUCUAAAAGCAGUGAAAGUUUAUCCAGUUGUGAUCAGGUGUUUGCUUGUACAGAGAUGUAGAAGAACAUGAAGACUAAUAUACAGCAUAAUAAGCUUUCUUUGUAACUCUCAGUUGAUUAAAACUUGGAUCUGCAGCUAAAGUUCUACAUUGUUACUUGUGAAUGAAGCUCAUAAUAUAAUUAUAGUUUUCUUUACAUAAGAUGAGAUUCUUUUGACUAAAAUAUACUUGUUCUGUAUCCAGUCAGACUUUAGUUUCUUUCUUUUGGCUGCAGGUUCUGGAUCAGUCUUCAAUUUUGGACAAAUUUCAGUCAUUUUCAGUGGGUUUUGUGUAAUUUUGAACACUACAGAAGUCAUUUGGUAAUGGUCGACAGUUUUUUAAUUACUUUGGACAAAUCAUUUUGUACAAUUUUGGCCUCAUUUUGAGAAGUUUGCAGUCAUUGAUGGUGGUUUUUAGCUUACUUGAACAAGUUUCAAGAGAGUUUCUGGACACAUUUUGAAAAGUCAGACUCAGAUUUCUUUCUCUUGGCUGCGGAAAUUUCCUGUCAUUCUGGAGGAAUUUUGUGUCAUUUUCAACACUACGUGAGUCAUUUUGAAAAUGCUCAAGUCAUUGGCAAUGGUUUUAAUAAUAUUUUCGUCACUCUGGACCAAUUUUGUCAUUUUAGACAUUUUUAAAGUCUUUUUGGAAAGUUUCAAGUCAUUGGAGAAAGUUUUAAGUCACUUUGGAUGAUUUUUUUGUGUAAUUCUAGACACUUCUGACCACCUUUUGACUAAUUUUGGACAUUUUUGAAGUUCCAAGUUUCAUGUCAUUGAUGACAGUUUUUAACUUACUUUGAACAAGUUUCAAGUAAUUAAAACCAUCUUAGAAAAAUGGUGCUGAAAAUGGUGAAAUAUUCAAACAAAUAAAAGUCCACAUUCUAGGUUGAAGACUGGAGCGAAAUUCCUUCUAUGCAUUUCGUUCACUGUAACAAUUUAAUGUGACCGACCAAUAAAGUUUUUUCUGAUCAUU